AUGUGGAGAUAUUUUCAUGGCGAGGCUUUCGUGACCACCGGCGGCAAGGCUCAAAACCGACAGCAAGCAACUAGUGAUAGUGAUACGACGACCAUGUCGACAGCGGUAGAAGCACGACCUAUUCGUCAACCUAGUGGUCUGAUUCGACUGCUUGGCACCUUUGGCGCCAUGAAGCGACAAAUUUUCGGUCCCUGCUAUGAUCCGUACCAGCGGGACGAGGUAGUACAGGAAGAACAAGAACAAAGAGGAGGAGCAACCAACCAACAAGAACUAAAAGAAGCGCAUGUCGAGCGACCAACCAAAGGACGACGGUCUCUUACCUCCAUAGUGGUGAACACUAUCUCCAACAUGGCCUGUGGGCUCUUUUGGGACACAACAACAGCACAACCACCGACAUCGUCCGCUUGGGAAAACAGAAUGCAAGAGGCCGAACGGUUGAUUCGUGGUAUUUGUUCGCAAAACCAACAGCAGCAACGAGACAGUAUAAACAAUCCCUCGGGGUGGGGCUUGCCUCUAAAUGCAGCCGUAGCCUAUCAAUUUGCGGUCGAAGAAGAUAAUAGCAAAUGGGGCCUGGUGAACAAGGAGGAUCUCAAAGUUUGCUUCUUGGCACUCAUGCCACCUCCGAAACCUAAACGCACUUACAUUGCCAUCCAAGAAGUACCUACACCACUAGGUCUACCCGUAGGCGUACCUCACAAUUACCAGCAUUCACGCACUCAUCACCAUCUCUUUCAUGACGCAGUAGUACUACCAUAG